UGUUUAUGAUAAAAAGUCAAUAACUUUGUGUUUGUGUACAUAUAAGUUCAUGACUGAAUCAUAAAUUGGUUAGAUUUUUAAAAAAUGCAUGUUGUUUCAAUCAAUUCUAUGUUUUAAGUUAUCUUAAUACCAAUAUAUAAUGGAAGUGUUCAUAUGAAAUAAAUUAUGGAUGAGCAACAAUCGGUAUCUGAAAGUGUGGAAACGAAUUCGGUGUGUGAAGAAGAACGAGCUAGAAAAUUGUUUCAAGCUUGUGAUGGCGAUGGAGAUGGUUACAUAGAUAGCCGAGAUUUGUUGACUAUAUGUCGUCAACUUAAUCUUGAAGAUAGUGUUGAUGAUUUAAUGAAAGAACUAGGAGCUGAUAAACUUGGAAGAAUAUCUUUUGAUGAAUUUGUUAGACGUCGUUUAGAAUUGCGGACUGAAAUAAAUGCUUUACGUGUUCAUAACUAUGAUCCACUUCCAGAAUAUUUACCGACUAGUAGUGAUAACAGUUUAGGAGCCUUGUCUGUUGGUAAACACGAAAGUUGGGAAUUUGACAGUGGUGCUAGAGAUCUCAGCCCAGAACCUAAUUCUCUUCGUAUGCAACAUUUAUUGCAAACUGGAAGAUCAGCUAACACUGGAAGUUUACUGCAUCUUGCUAACAAAUUACAUUUGGCAGCUUUGAAGUCGUUAAAAACUGAAAUCUCAGAACUGACUAAACAGCUACGUUUAGCCACUGAAAAAAAUGAAGCUCUCGAAGAAUCAAAAAAUCAAAUUAAAAUCGACAUUGAAAAUGAUAUGAAGCAAAAAUAUGAAGAAAGAAUAAUUGAAUUGCAUUCUGUAAUAGCAGAACUUGCUCGUAAACUACAGAUUCAUAGAUCUCAAAUAAUUACCGAAGAGGUAGAAGAAAGUCAGUCAGAUAUUCAAAGUGUUGAAACAUCUUCAUUUAUUCAAGAAUCUGUUGCAUUAUCAAAAGAUGGUGAUAGUAUUUAUUGUUUCAAUGACAAUGAAAUAAGAAAAACUAUGUAUGUUGAUGUUCAUGCUGAGUUGGCUUUAAAAGAUGAAGAAUUAAAGAGAACACAACAAAGUUUGAAAGAAGUAACAGAAGAAAAGGAAGAGCUUUUGAUGAAAUUACAGGAUGCGGAGAGUAGUUUUUCUCCAGGUCCUAUGUCUCCUACGCGUUUAUUAAUAGAGACAUCAAAAUUAGCAGAAAAAGUAAAAUUACAGAAACUUAUUGAAGAUAAUGCAGAAGUGAAUAAUACAAAUCUAUGUCAAGAUACGAAAUCUGAUACACAGCUUGUUCCAGUUGUUCCAUCUAGUUAUGAUUUGGUAGAGCCUCCCAGUAAAGACAAUUUAAUGCACCAAGUUGAACAACUACAAACUCGCUUAGAUCAUGUGCGGUCACAAAUGGAAGUUAUGGAAUUGAUGUUUGAUCAAUGUGCUGCACAAACUGACAAACUUUAUUUGUUAUUGGGAAAAUAUGAAUCAAAUAUGAUUGCUCUAAAAUUAGAAGUGGAAACAGGAGAAGAAAUAAUGAACUGUUAUUCAAUGUUAUUAUCUAUUUCUGAUGGAACUGCUACUGAAGAAGAAAUAAAAAUGAAAGAUACAAUUAUACAACAACUACAUCACUUAGAUGAAGAAAAAAAAAAAAUUGGAUCAACUGUCGUUGCUCUAGAGUCAUUUCAUUCUGAAGAAGACGUCCCAAAACCUAGAGGUCAUAGCCAAAUAACACGGCUUGAUUUAGAAAUGGCUGUUCUUGUGGAGGAGCUGAUGGGGGUCAGAGAGGAAAAAUUGGACUUACAAGAGCGAUACUCUGAACUACAAAAACAUUACUUAGCUUUAGAAAAACGUUUAUCUGAAAAAGAAGAAAAAUCUAAAAUUGAUAUGGAUACAAUAAGAACUUUAGAACAACAAAUCAAAUUGGAUAAUUAUGAGAGUGUUAAUGUUAAAUUACAAAAACAAUUAAAGGAAGUUACAACAGCAUUACAACAAAUUACGAAAAAUGCUGAUGCAAGAUAUAAACAGAGUAAUUCUAUGAUUGAAAAACUGAAGACUGAAAAUAGUUCACUAGAACGUAGUUUAGAACGAGCGAAACGUAAAUCACAAUCACGCCUUAAGAAAGUGGAAUCUGAAAUUGAAAUUAUGGUUGAAAAUCAUUCACUCCAGGUAAAAAUGUUAAAAGAGAGAAUAGCAGUACUUGAAAAGUCCAUUUUGAUUUGUGAAAGUAAAAAUAAGAAUACAGAAAGAAAUGAAACUACAUUAUAAAUUGUCCGCGUCCUAUGAAAUGGAAUAUGAUGAAUUGCAAUACAGUUUAUCCCACAAGUACAAUCAAAUUGUUGCAAUUCACAGUACGACAACUAUAUAUUUUACAAAACUAAAAUGUUUUCACUUUUUCAUGUCUAGUCUAAUUAAAAGCGUUGAGCCUUAUUAUACAAAUUAUUUUUUACAUUGUAAAGAAUAUAAACUAUAUGACUGAAAUGUAGUAAUUAAAUUUUGAUAACUUAACAAACAUUAUUUGUAAAAUAAAAUAACUAUUAGCUUUUUUACAUAUUAUUAACAACAAAUCAAACCCCAUAUCUAGUGCAAUUUUUUGAUAA